CACACACACACACAACAUUGAUACUGAUGUAAUGCUUUUUUUUGUUGAUAAUUCAUGGUUGAUUCAAUCGAUUUGAUGAUCCAGAUUGCCUCAUUAGUUGACUCGAAUGGCAAAUAUGUAGAGCAAUUACAUCAGCUGACUGGCUGGUUAAUUGAAAAAUCAGUCAUAUAUAAAGGCAGGACGCAUUAUAGCAACCGCUGUAAAUGAUGUUGGCAAUUCGUUUUACAAACAUGGCCCACACGACAACCGUUGUAUCAGACAAACAUCAUAAAGCCUUUGGUGGAAUGCCGAUUCGAAUAAUCAUCAUAGUGAUAUUGAUGACAUCAAUAACAACACCUGUCAUCGAUGCUUGUUCAUGUUUGAUGCCCGAUGAACCACAAUAUUGCAGCACAGACUUUUUCGCUCUUCUCCACAUAACCGAUGAAAAAUCGAAUGAACAAUCAAUGAGUGUCGAUUAUCAUUUUGAGCCUAUCAGUGUCAUAAGUGACGAGCAACGAUUGUUGACCACAUACAAGUCACUACAUACGUAUGGAUCAUCGGCUGCUUGUGGUGUGAAACUGAAACCUGGAGAACGAUAUUUGAUUGGCGGUAAUGUCGACCGGUACCAUGGUCGAUUAUUGUUGGAUCUAUGUCGAUCAUAUGUAGAACCAUACGUAAGAGGAUUGGCCGUCAUGACUAAAGAUUUCCAUAGUCUGUUGCAACAUUGUCGUUCAUCAGAUAAAACUGCAUCGGUCAUUGAUAACGUAGUUGCCGUCGAUAGAGAAACUGAAUCAAUCACAACUGAUCCAACAACAUUUGUCACAAAUCAUCAGCUGGAACGAGAAGGAAAACCCAUCAUUAGGUUCCCUUUAUUGGGCCUAACCGAAGAUGAUAUUCGCCGAUUACCACCACGACGACAACAACGGAAAAGUCAUCGUGAACCAUGACAAAAGCAUUACAAUUGAAAUAGCUGUGCCAACUCAACACACAUUUUUUUAUUUUUCUUUGGUAUUCAUAUUUAUAUUCACAAUGGUUAAUCAUUUCUGUGGUCAUUACAAUGAAAAUUAAUUGAGUUUUGA